UUUUCGCGUCUUCUGCUGGUGACGCGUGGACAGCUUCUUUCCCAAUCCCAUCCAUUGUACAGAAACAGCACAGAGUCUGAAUGCUCUGGUGGUGGUUUACCAUCCUCCCAAGCAACAAAGUGUCCGGAACAAAUGGCAUAUGGUUCCUCGAGGCUCGCCACCUGUCUCCUCUUUUGCACCUCAUCUCCCACAAUCUUCGUCUGUUUUCUUCUUUCUUCGAAGGAAACGGCCCAUCCUUUCACGUAUUGCAUGAAGGGGUAUUGUUCUUCACUGAAGGUAGAACAUGACUGGCAGUCCGCCACAGCACAGGUGAAUCUAGUCAUUCUUCUAAGUUUUAGGCGGCUGCUGGUCGAGAGAGAGAGAGAGAGAGAGAGAAGCUUAUUUAUAGAUUGUCAGUCAUUAGUCUCUGGGGAUGAGGGGAGAGAAUACAGGCGAUGCCGCUUCGAGCUCUACAUGAGUCUUCGGUGGGCUGCGGAGGAGUGCGCACUGCGCACGAUAGUACAGAGUUAUACUGUGGUCAAAUUUAAGGGCGGAAAUCAUUCAAGGCUCAAAUUUUCACUGAAGUUUUAGUAAGGUCAGUAGGUGUUUUUUUAGCAAUAUUUAGGAGUGUAUCUAACGCCAUCUGAAAUACUGAUAUAGGCAACUGUGAUAAAGGGGCGGAGGUGAGGCUCAGGGUGAGUUUGUCAGCAGGUGACCCAGCGACUUCACACUGGCGGGUGGCGGCACACCCGGCACGGCCCAGGCAACCUAGACGUGCCCUGAACACAUGGCUGCUCAUGUCCACUCAGGAGGUGCAUCAACAGCCAUAUCAGAACAAAGUGCCUGAAACAGAAAUCAAUAGCAGAAGAAGAAGUGAGUGUAAUGGCUGGCCACAGGGAAGAAGGUGUGAGGUGCGAGGAGGAAGAGGUGGAAAAGACGAGGAAGAAGAGAGAGGACAGUAGUGAUGGAGAGGACAGUAGUGAUGGAGAGGACUGCAGUGAUGACCCGGAUUGGGAUCCCACCAUUUAUAGUCUUCCACAGGGUAGGCCCAAGAAGAGUGGUCAGCCAAGGAGGUCAGGUCAAGGGAUGACAAAUCAGAGGCAACGUAAAGGUGGUAAGGUCAGCAGGGGAAGGAUGUGGGUGAAGCUUUAUGACACAGUUAAAGAAACUGUUGAGAAGGGCAGGUACUGCCCAAAGCGUGUGUUUGGUGCUAGGCAGAUGCUCCUCGACUGGAAAGCUCGGGUCACGGAAGCCUGCCUCAGCAUCAGAGAAACAAAUCAGCCUAUCCUGCCCAGUCCCUCCCCUCCAGACAUUCUCACUGUCUUCCUCUGUGCUAAUGUGGAGGGGGACAUGCGUCUCCCACCUCUUAUUGUGUACCCGAGUCCACCCUCUCACAAGGUUGUGGCAGCUGAUCCCACACUGAUGUGGGAGACACACUUUGAGGCCAAUGUCACCCCCAAAAUUUACAGCAAGUGGUUGGAGACACACUUUACACCAGCUGUCACUAAAUACUGCAAAGACAACAGGUUGGAGGAGAAAGUGCUACUCCUCAUCCACCCAAAGCUCCUUGACCCACUCCUUCCCCCGCCGCCCGCUGCUGUCAAGGUGAUCCCGCUGAUACCAGGGCACGAGCACCCAAUUGAUAAAUACGUGUCAUCCACCUUUCAGAACCAAUUUCUCAUGAGCAUUAUAUCUCAGUACUGUAAGCUCCGCUUUGGAGAUGACCCCAAGGAGGUUUUGAAGGACAUCUGGGUGAAAUUUGAUCUGGCACAGACAAUCAUGACUUUGUCAGAUACUUGGAAGAAAAUCAGACAAAGAGUUCUGCAGGAUGCAUGGAAGAAGGAGUGGCCGGAGGGUGUGCCACCUGCUCCUCCACCGCCUUCUAAACCUGCAAGGAAAAAAGCAGUACCUCAGGAAAAAGAAACUAAACAGCAACAAGGUACUACCUUACAAGCUUCCUCUUCUUCCUCCUCCUCCUCCUCUGUAGCUAAAACACCUUCCACCAACCUUUACAUUUCACAUAACUUCUCACAACCUUCUUCCAGUAACAUAGUUCCUCAACUCCCUCCUUCAAGCCUCUUAACCACUCAGGCCUAUACCAGUGAUCUUAAAAGUACUCACUCCUCUCCAGCCAACCCCCAAACCACUCAGCCUUCUACCACUGACAUGAAGAUCACUCAGGCUCCUCCAACCUGUCCCAAACCCACUCAGUCCUUAACCACUGAUUCUCAAACCACUCAGCCCCCUUCAGCUCAUUCAAGCACCAUGGAGCCCUCAGACAUAUCCAGUCAGCCACCUUCAGAUUAUUCAAAUGCCACUCAGCCACCUCACAUGUCCACUUAUCACCCUCAAGCCCAUCCUAAAGCCAUUCAGCCCUCUCAAGCCCAUCCUAAAGCCACUCAGCCCUCUCAAGCCCACCCUAGAGCCAUUCAGCCCUCUCAAGCCCAUCCUAGAGCCACUCAGCCCUCUCAAGCCCAUCCUAGAGCCACUCAGCCCUCUCUAGCCCAUCCUAGAGCCAUUCAGCCCUCUCAAGCCCAUCCUAGAGCCACUCAGCCCUCUCAAGCUCAUCCUAAAGCCACUCAGCCCUCUCAAGCCCACCCUAGAGCCAUUCAGCCCUCUCAACCCCACCCUAGAGCCACUCAGCCCUCUCAAGCCCAUCCUAGAGCCACUCAGCCCUCUCAAGCCCACCCUAGAGCCAUUCAGCCCUCUCAAGCCCACCCUAGAGCCAUUCAGCCCUCUCAAGCCCAUCCUAGAGCCACUCAGCCCUCUCAAGCCCACCCUAGAGCCACUCAGCCCUCUCAAGCCCACCCUAGAGCCAUUCAGCCCUCUCAAGCCCAUCCUAGAGCCACUCAGCCCUCUCAAGCCCACCCUAGAGCCACUCAGCCCUCUCAAGCCCAUCCUAGAGCCACUCAGCCCUCUCAAGCCCACCCUAGAGCCACUCAGCCCUCUCAAGCCCAGCCUAGAGCCAUUCAGCCCUCUCAAGCCCAUUCUAGAGCCACUCAGCCUCUCAAGCCCAUCCUAGAGUCACUCAGCCCUCUCAAGCCCAUCCUAGAGCCACUCAGCCCUCUCAAGCCCACCCUAGAGCCACUCAGCCCUCUCAAGCCCACCCUAGAGCCAUUCAGCCCUCUCAAGCCCAUCCUAGAGCCACUCAGCCCUCUCAAGCCCAUCCUAGAGCCACUCAGCCCUCUCAAGCCCAUCCUAGAGCCACUCAGCCCUCUCAAGCCCAUUCAAGAACCACUCAGCCCUCUCAAGCCCACCCUAGAGCCACUCAGCCCUCUCAAGCCCAUUCAAGAACCACUCAGCCCUCUCAAGCCCAUUCAAGAACCACUCAGCCCUCUCAAGCCCAUUCUAAAGCCACUCAGCCCCUUCAAGCCCAUGACAAAACUGUUCAGUCAUCUUUAG